AUGGCGACAGUUAUCUUAGAUGCUGCUAUAGGGUUUAUUAUGGAGAAGGUAGAUCUCGUUAUGGUAGGUGCAGAGGGUGUGGCUGAAAGUGGUGGCAUUAUCAAUAAAAUUGGAUCUUACCAAAUUGCUGUAAUGGCUAAAGCUCUUAAUAAACCAUUUUAUGUUGUAGCUGAGAGCUUUAAAUUUGUACGCAUGUUUCCAUUAAAUCAAGAUGAUUUACCAAAUGAUGAGAGGUAUUCAGGAGUUGAUUCCAGCAGUUCUGCACAUCCAAUUGACUAUACGCCUCCACAAUAUAUUACAUUAUUACUAACAGAUUUAGGGGUACUAACUCCUUCAGCUGUUAGUGAUGAACUCAUUAAAUUAUACAUGUAA